UCUUUCCUCCCUCCAUAGGGCAGUAUUAUCAUCUCUCUAUCAUCUCCCCAUCGGCUCUCCUCAGCUGUCGCCGCCUUGCUCCCGUCGUUCUCGGCUCUCCGUGUGGCCUGUGUCCGGGUCCCCUCCAGCAGACAUGUCGGAGCAGAGCAGCAGUAGAUAUCAGCAGUUACAGAAUGAAGAAGAACCUGUAGAAAGUCCCCAGCUGGCAUCAGAUGCCCCCCCUCCAUACAGCAGCAUUGCUGGAGAGAAUGCAGCAUUUUUUGACUACAAAGAUGAGCCGGGAUUUCCAAAACCACCAUCAUACAAUGUGGCUACAUCACUCCCUAGUUAUGAUGAAGCAGAGAGGACUAAGGUAGAAGCCACGAUACCGCUGGUUCCCGGAAGAGAUGACGAUUUUGUGGCGAGGGAUGAUUUUGAUGAUGCAGACCAGCUCAGGAUAGGAAACGAUGGAAUUUUUAUGCUCACGUUUUUUAUGGCAUUCCUGUUUAACUGGAUUGGUUUCUUCCUCUCAUUCUGCCUGACUACUUCAGCAGCUGGAAGAUAUGGGGCCAUUUCUGGAUUUGGACUCUCCUUGAUUAAAUGGAUCUUAAUUGUCCGAUUUUCUACCUACUUUCCUGGAUAUUUUGAUGGACAGUACUGGCUCUGGUGGGUGUUCCUGGUAUUGGGAUUCCUCUUGUUUCUUAGAGGCUUCAUUAAUUAUGCAAAAGUUCGGAAGAUGCCAGAAAACUUUUCCACUCUUCCCAGGACCAGGGUUCUCUUUAUUUAUUAAAGUGUUUUCGUCUCUGCCUUCCUGCCUAUACAUUCUGACGGACGACAAUGGCACCUGCAGGAAGAGACUCGUAGCUUCAAACACCGAAGAGUGAAAAGAAAUCUACUUUAUAAAGAAAUGAAAAAAAAGUCCUGUAAAAUAAUGAAACAACAUCCGUCGGCAAAGUUACUGCCGAAGAGGAAGGAGAAAAUAAGCAUUUCCUUUUGUUUGUUUCUAGGUGUAAACUUUGACUAGUUCUUGCAGAAUUUUGUUGUUAUUCUUCUGGAAUCAUUAGUGGCUACAGUAUAAAUCAUAGCUAUUGCUAUCAAGUUGUGAAGUACUAAUAAAGCCUUAUGCAGUGAAACCUCUUUAAGAAGACCACACAAAAUUGCAUUGAAAAGUGGUCUUCUGUGGGGGUGGUCUUCUCAGAGGAAAAGGCCACUAUGCAUAUAUGGUCGACUGACAUUCUGUUACACCAAAUCUGGUCUGGAUAAGGGAGAUAUCUUCUCAAAGAGGUGUCCUUUUGGAGAGGUUUCAUUGUAUAUUGUUUGUAAUACACAGACAACAUCCACCUGCACUCCUUCUGCCAGCAGAGGGCAGUCUCGCUUUAUCUGGUUUUUCCAUAUUCUUCAUUUGACUGCCGUACAGAUGUUUUCGUGUAUUGUAUUGUAUUGUAUUGGGGAAAAAAAAAAAAAAAGUAUAAAGGCUUUAGACAUUGACCUAUA